CUGCACUUUAUCACGCUCAUAUCUUCCUUCACCGACACUGUCCGAAGCCCGCAUCUAGACGUUCGCCCAGACGCUGGCCCAGCAACCAAAGGUGGAUACUCUUUCACUCGACCCUACCCCGCCAUCCUCGACUAAAAAUGUCCUCUCCCGCGAGAGCACCCUCUCUCUUGGGAUCGACUGUACUUGCGCAACCUCAUCUCGAUACGAUCGACUCCGGAUAUUCGUCUGAGCCAAGCGACGCAAAGCCUGUCAUCGCGCCUGGUAGCACGAUGGGUAAGAUCAGCGUGAAGGAAACGCCUGCGAAAGAGCGCGGCCGGAGCGCGAAUAGAGGCCGCACGGAGACACCGGCCACGGGCAAGCAAGCGACACCGCGAGCUACGCCUGUCCCCGAUGGCCCUCGGAAGCAAAAGCCGGUUCUGGGUCGUCCGAACCUAAAGUUGAAGCUCCCCACGCCUGCUUCUACUCCCGCUACGGAGCCGACGGCCGAUGCACCUGCAAGUCGCCUUACUACCAAGCCGCCCACCGCGACAAAGAAGGGUAGAGCUACUUCUCUGGCUGCGGAAGUUGGACCGGCGACUAUCCUCACACUUACGGCGCCGACCGCGGCCACCGUGAAUGCACCCACGGACAGCUUCACGACUGAAGCCCCAGCUACGAACAAGGCGAGUAGGAGGACCGCGGCGCGAAAGAAGGAUGCGGACACUCUGUUUGGCUCCGAGUACGAGGCUCAUAUUCUUGAGGCGUUAAAGGGAGGAAAGGCCAACAAGGUAGAUGACGAGGAAUACAUGCCCAGUUCCCCACCGACUCUUCUAGUAGCACCCGCAGGUAAACGCAAUCCGGGCCAACCAGCGGAACAGGCCACUCCCGCUCGCGUCGUCCGUAGCGACUCCGCAGAAUACGAGAUCCCAUCCUCCUCCACCAUCUCCUCAGAACUUGCGCCGAAGCACGGGCGUGGCCACUUCCCUGCCAACAUUGACCAGUCCAUUUUCGACCUCGCCGACAUUCUGCGCUCGCAGACGGAGAUCCAAGUUGACCUGCCUAACCUGCAAAACGACGCGGACCCGGACAUCGAAGAGCCGUGGACCGCCAAGCACCUUACGCACCUAUAUAUCGUGUGCUACAGUCAAUCCCUCUUUCACGCCUGCGACCUCAUCGCCGAUACCUGGAUCCGCGCGUUCCAGCGCCUCAACACCUCCAAGGAUGCGCGUCACCGCAUCUGGCGCCCUAAUAAGAGCGUCUACGUAGACAAGCAAGCCCCGCAGUGGUACCUCGACAUCCAGGACCCAAUCCUCGCGCUCGACGUCACCGACUUCGACAUGUCGCUCAUCAACUCGCUGUACUACUAUACGCCCAAGAGCUGUGGCGCGCGGCUGCUCUGGGCGGACGCCAUGGCGCUGUGCGGCGACAAGCUUGAGGACAUGAUGGAGCGGACGAAGGAGAAGGGGAAGGAGUGGCAUAAGGAUGCGGUCUGGGACAUUAUGUGCAGUGCGCUGCGCAUGGGCCGGAGGAAGCUGACUAUGAAGAUUGAGGAGUGGACCGAGGGCGCGUGGUGCAAGCGGUAUCACGUGCAUGGGAAGCAUGGGCUGAAGUGCUAUCGCGCCAUGGCCAAGGAUCAGAGGGACGAUCAGGUGCGGGUUGAGCGGCAGGCACGGAAGCGUGGGGCGGAGCAAAUGGAUGGCGAGGGUGGACAGGGUGAGGCGGCUAAGCGGGUCAAGUUCACGAAUAGGGACGUGAGGGAUGGACAAGACUCUGAGGAGGAGUGAUAGGUUAGCCUAUCUUAUACUGGCGUUUGAGGAGGGCGUACCUGGUUCUCAAGGGUUUCUGGAUACCCGGAGCAUCGCUGGCUUAUGGUGGCAAAGACGCUGGCUUCCCAGGCGGCAGACUGAACCGUAGCUUCUCUAGCAACGCUUCCUCUUUUGCCAGCAUUUCCGCUUUCCAGAGGAGAGUCGGGG